GCAGUUUUUGUUUAGUGAGCGUUCGAAGGGAAGCCCGAUAACUUUCCCCUGCUUGAGUGUAACUAAAUAAUGAAUUACCUCGUGUACCGUGCAUUAUGUAAGGGUGCGCGAUAACGAAAAACUGGUCGCAAGUACAGAAACACAGUCUGAGCAUGAAUUUCGCCUCCGUAGGAGCAGCGCCACGGUAGCGACGACUACCCGUAGCACCUGACUCGAAGAGGGAUUUCGCGCAAUCCGUCCUGGCAUGCUGGGGCACCGCUCGGAGGCCCGGGCCUACGUCAAUCGAGACGAGGAGGCGCAACAGCACGCCGAUGUGUUCCUCGACUUCGAUGACGAUCCCGUCAGCAAGCAGGCCAUACAGCACGACUGGAGCGGAAUGCUCUUCUCGCAGGAAGAGAACCCUUUCGUGGACGAAGACAACGAUUUUAUUCUCAUCGCCGAGUGCAACGAAGUCCACGGACCGAUGCCACUCGUAACCAUACCUCACAACAUAGGAGACAGGGUGGAGAACAUAGACAUCAAUUCAUUAGUAAUCAGCAUACUCUCUGUUGACUAUCAGCAAGUAGGAGCUUCAUCAACAUUCCCCAAGCUGGACAGCCAAAUCUUGAUGCCUAGUAUACGAGAUGAUCUGCACAUACUUGUCAACUACUCUGUCAUGUUGGAUCCCAAAGCAAGGGGCUUUGUUCGUCCCAUGUGUAUUGCCUAUGCAUCAUCUGACAAAGGGAAAUUGGUGAAACACGCACGCUACAUUCGAUCCGCACUGAUUGAGGCAUCUUUAGCACUGAAGCUAUACAACAUCAAAUAUUUUGUUCAAGGAAUCAGAAACCUUCUCAAGGACGUCAAAUAUACUAGAAGAUUAAACGUCGGGUGCGGGCAACGCCUGGAUAAAUUGAAUGGAUCGUCCAUCUCCGAGGCAAGCUUUCACGAGUCGCUCAACAAGUACGAAGACAUGCUCGAAUCUGCACUUCAGGAGAUAGAAGACUCUCUGGCGGCUGGCUGCCCAUUUGAUACUGAACAUGCUCGCCGCAUCAAGUGCCAAGCUAAGGACUUGGUGCGUCAUCUGCUGAAUCUACCAAGGCUCAGCCCUGAACUGGAGCGCUUCCUACAGUUUGCCACUGAGAAGGAGCCGCCUCACGAGCCCAGGGAGCUGAAGAUCCCGUUUCAGAGGGACUACGAACAUGGCCUGGUGCCGUUGAGAGACAUCUGGAAGAAAGGCUUCAUCCUCUGCAUCUACUGGCUAUACGUCUCAUACAAGUUCUUCAGGAGGAGAGCAGAGAGUGUGGCCGUGUGUCUCCAGCAAGAAAAGCCAUUGUCUUCAUUACGUUAUGGUGCCUGUCUGAGGUCAACAGACUCAACAAGGGCAUCAGCCUCUAGUCUCGUUUCAAAUGGCCACGUGUCAUCUCAUGACAAGUGCUCAAGGUCUAGUCAACCAAUGUGUAUCUACUAUCGCCUUGCUCACCCCGAGUGCCUGCCGUUCGAAAAGGCGGCCAGCGGCAAGUGGGACGUGGACAGUGGGUUUCUCGACUGCUUCUCUCAUCUUCACCUGGAGAAAGGCGCAGUUGAAAGAGAAAAGGAGAACGGAAGCAUUAACCACUCGAUAGCAAGCAUGCCACUGCCCGAGGAACUAUGCAGCAGGUUUGAAGCUGAAAGCAGGAGAAUUAGUGAGUCUGAGAAAGGCAGCUCUGUUAUGGAGACUCAUUGCAAGACAAAAGGAGCAGCAACUUCGUGGAGGUUUUGGCAUAUCAGACAAACAAGCCCGAAAGAUUCAGCAGGGCAAAGGUCACCCAGGAUACGGACUACAUGGAAAGAGCAGCUACUAUGGCAAAGGAGAAGCAGUGGAAAUGGGAAUAGCAUCGAAGAGCCUGAGAAGGUGCAAGCGCCAAAAGUGUGCAUGUGGGAAAGGAGCUACUGGAGCAGGGAUGAAGAAUGUGCUGACCCUGCGGACUGCUCCAAGCAUGGGCUAACGCUGGAAAAACAGUGGGAUGCCAUGCAGACAUGCGUCCACGAUGGGUCUGAAGCAAUAUUCCUUCAAGUGCUGAACAGGCGAGUGAAAGUGGAGGACAUCCUCUACUCAUUGCUGAUUGGCCGGCCGAUUGUCGUGGUGGGCAGGCCUCUCAGUGCGCACGAGGUUGCUGCCAGCGCCAAGGUUCUGGCCCUCUUUGCACCCCGGCGGUUCGGUGAUUUCCUGUGGUUUGAGGACCAGAGGUUUGACUCCCUAGACAGCUCGUGCCUCAACUCGGCAGCAGUGAUAGGGUAUGUUGAUGAGCAUCAGACCAAGGACUUUGGCCUGCCGUCUUCAGUAAGGAAGAAAGCUUCUGUGCUCAAUGUUGAAACGAGUGACUUCACUGGCCCUUGUUAUGGUGGUGUACUCCUUAAGCAGACAAGCCAGAGGAUACGACUGCUUGAAGAAAAUGAAGCUCUGCUGGCUGUGAUCUCAAGCGUGCUGGCAGACGUUGAGUAUGUGGCUCACACGUGGGUCCAGUUGACGACCAGUGCCCGGAAAACGGAGUCCAAGGCGUUUGCCAAGCAGAAGCAGCUCACAACCUGUGACAUGACCAUACUCAAGCAUUACGAGAAGCUGAUGAGCGAAGUUCACUCGAAGAAAUGAUUGUCACAUGUUCCACAUUCCGCCAAAGAGCACCUGUGUAUAGUAUAGACGAGCAAUACAGACUGUGAUACUAGCAACUGACAAAAACAAAAGUAAAAAAAAAUUUUGUGCCGACCCUUGUACAAGACACCACGAGACGCCUCAUUAAAACCACUGCAGGGACAUCUCGUGUGGUUCUGAAACCACCAUCACUACUAACAACUUUUGCUGACCGAAAUGGAAUAAAUAUGUAUGCGCAAUUGUUCUAACACAUACGAGAGCUAGAGAUAAAAGGAAUCUCGCCUUUAGUAAUUACUUGAAGGCAACUUGAAAGCUCUGCCAGCUUUUCUGGAACGAAUGUCACAAAUUCCGGCCGAGCUCUCUUCAUAAUGGAGAGACUGGUCUAUGCUUUCUAAAUUUUCAUGUCGUACACUGUUCUGAUUAACAUUGCUGUAAUGGGUGGGAAUAGUUAAAGGAUGAUGCAUGAUUAACACUACAUUGAAUUAACCCUUCUCAUUAUUCUGCAUGUUGUGCAGACGUUUGGACUGGUUCAAUGCAGUUGUUGUACAUGCUCAAUGAGCAGUUAAAGGACAGUAUGCUGUUGCUGUCAGGAGCGCAGUGUGCUUCCUAAGCAGUGAGAUGUACUGCAUGGCUUGAAUGCUGUGCACUCAAACAUUGUUGUAUCUUUUGUUCUAUAGUUUUUCUUUUAGCAAACAAAACAAAAAACGACUUCGCAUACCAGUGGAGCGUGCAUGAAGCAUUCUUUAGUUCUGUAGCUAUGCUUUUUGUUUGUACCCGCAUUAUCUUUAUUUAUUAUGGUUUUCAGAAGACCUGUGUCCACCUGGCAUUGAAAAAUUCUUUGAUUUUAUUUGCUUUGAUUUUAUUAUGCCUGUUCUCAAGAAUAAUUUUUGAAGGUAUAUGAUCCUGGCUCCCAAUUGAUAUACCAUAUGUACAGCCAGUACAGCCACAUUUGCAAUGCUUAACUGAACACCUAAGCAUUAUGUCACAACUCAUUACAGCUCGGUUCUUACAGGAAGGCCUUGGCAGUAUAUAUUUUUUUGCCUAUGCAAAGAAGCCUGAUGCAUCAAAUCAAGCACUUUCUUUCUAUGCACUUGAUGAUGUGCUCAAGGGAUGAUGGUUUAAAUACAAAUUGCCAAGUGUUUUUUUAAUAGUUCCUCUACCACGCACAUAUACGUUUGUCUACUUCUAUGUCAACAAAGAAAAGAAAUGGGAAGCAAAGUGCUUCUGUCUUGUGGGUCUUUCAACAGGCAGAGCAGUCGCAUACAUCUUUCGUUCUUUGCAGCCGCUGUAGCACAACUUACGUUUUUACUCAUCAGUUAUCUUGGGCCUCUGUUGGAGAUGUCCUUAUGGCACCAGCAGUUGGAGCAGCUUAUUGAGCGCACUGUUUCUACGCACAGCACUGCCGCACAUUUUUGUUACAACAAAUGUUCUUAUAUGCACGGUUUAGCUUGUGAAUAGUGCUUAUGUGUGAGCUUCACUGAAUAAAUAAUUGUUUUAGCUUUU